UGCUCAAAACACUUUUGACCAAGGUGGCGGGAAUUUUGUCGUUUUGUUUGUCAACUAUUAAUUUAUUUCGUACUUAGAGAGUUUUUUUUUAUCAUAAUUAUUUCCUCUAAAAUGGUACAACUUCAUAUUCGUGGUGUGGAUGUUGACUUUCCUUUCCCACCAUACGACUGUCAAGUUUCUUACAUGGAAAAGGUUAUUCAAUGUUUACAGCAGGGGAAAAAUGGCAUUCUUGAGAGUCCAACUGGAACAGGAAAAACUCUUUGUUUGCUGUGUGCAACACUGGCCUGGAGAGAAAGUUAUGUGGCAGAACGUCAGCUAAAACAAAGGUUUACAUCUGAUCAAGGUGGUUCCAAUUAUGUGCAAGCCUUAGGUAAAGAACUGCAGUAUGCUGCUCAUGGAGACUCCUGGGGAGCAAACGAUGAUGAUAAAGGUUCUUAUUUUGAGGCUCCAAGAAUUUUGUAUUCUUCAAGAACACAUUCCCAGCUGUCACAAGCUGUGCAGGAACUUAAAAAUACAAUCUACAGACCUAAAGUUAGUAUCAUUGGCUCUCGUGAACAGCUUUGUGUUAAUAAUGAUGUUCUGAAGCAGGAAACUAACUCAGCAAAGGUACAUAUGUGCAGAGCUAAAGUUCAGGCUAGGACGUGUCAUUUUUUCAACAACUUGGAUGCUAACAAAGCUAAUAAAGAUUUUACCCAAAGUAUCCUGGACAUUGAAGAUUUGGUGGAACUUGGACAAAGACACAGGGUGUGCCCCUACUACAUGGCCCGGGAAUUGAAGACCACUGCUGAUAUUAUAUUUAUGCCUUACAACUAUCUCCUGGAUCUCAAAUCUAGAAAAGCAAAUAAUGUGGAUAUUUCCAGCAGCAUAAUACUCUUUGACGAGGCACAUAAUCUGGAAAAGACUUGUGAGGAAACUGCAUCCUUUGACCUGACAUCUUUUGACAUAGCAUCGUGUAUAGAGGAUGUGGCACAAUGUAUUGAAAUUAUUGAAUGCCGUGAACAAAAUGUACUGGAUGCUACUGAAACAGCAGCUGAUGUAGAUAUUAGCAAAGAAGACCUUGCCCAUCUUAAGUCUUUGUUUAUUGAACUUGAGAAGUUGAUUGACAUCCAAGAGUUGCCAAAGAAUGGUGAUGGUUUAACUAAACCUGGCAGCUUUAUGUUUGAACUUCUUGGCAAGCUUAAUAUGAAUUUCUCCACCAAGGACCAAGUUUUAGAAGUUCUUGAUAAAUGCAAUACACUGCUAGUUGGAGACACACAAAAGUUUAGAGGAAAACAUUUUGCUCUGCAAAAAUUUUCAGAUGCUUUGCAGAUCAUUUUCAGUAAAGAUGCAUUAAACCAGUCUUCUAGUAUAAAUGAAGCUAAGUUUUUUAAGGUUCACAUCCAACUUGAACCAGACAGUAACAAGAAAAAGAAGAAUCUGGAUGUGUGGACAACAGGAUCAAAGUUUUCUAAACAAGGUAGGACAUUAAGCUACUGGUGUUUCAGUCCAGGACACGCUAUGAUAGAUCUGAUGUCUUAUGGAGUGCGGACAGUAGUGUUGACCAGUGGAACCCUUUCACCGCUCGAGUCUUUCAGAGCUGAAAUGCAAAUAUCAUUCCCAAUUCAACUGGAAAACCCCCAUGUUAUUGAAAGGCAUCAAAUGAUGGUUGGUGUGGUUACAAAAGCACCUGAUGGAGCCACUUUAAAUUCCUCAUAUGAGACAAGGUUUACUACUGAGUAUAUGACAGGUCUGGGCAAUGCAAUAGUUAAUUUUUCCAGAACAGUACCAAAUGGUCUUUUGGUAUUUUUCCCUUCAUAUCCUGUGAUGAACAAGUGCUUGGAACACUGGCAAAACUCUGGAACAUGGUCAAGAUUAGAACAACACAAACCUCUAUUUGCGGAGCCCAAAGGAAAAGGAGAUUUUGCUGAGACCAUGGAGAGGUUCUAUGAAAAAAUUAACGAUCCGAGUUGCAAUGCGGCAACUUUCUUCGCUGUUUGUCGUGGAAAGGUCAGCGAGGGACUGGACUUUGCUGACAUGAACGGUCGAGCUGAAGUAAUAACUGGUCUGCCUUUCCCGCCAAAAAUGGACGCUAAGGUUCGCUUAAAGAUGAAUUUCCUGGAUGAAAGUCUUCAGAAAGCAAAAAGUUUUUCAUCCAAGGGUCUAAGCGGUCGACAGUGGUAUCGUCAGCAGGCUUCCAGGGCUGUCAAUCAGGCUGUGGGUCGCGUCAUACGUCACAAGCAGGAUUUUGGCGCCAUUUUAUUAUGUGAUGUUCGGUUCACUUACCCGGAUGCAGUUCAACAGUUACCAAGUUGGAUGAAACCUUACGUCAAGGUUUAUAAAGACUUUGGUUCAGUUCAGAGAGAUCUGAUUCAUUUCUUCCGCACUGCUGAUAAAAUGGUCGACAAGUCCUCAAUGAAGGUCAAAUCAUUUAAAAAUAACUCUAGCCGGGCUGAAAAUCCGUCUGCAAAAACAAUAUCUGGGGAAAACCUGUCCCAUAUGUCAAUAGAAGAAACGGAACUUCAGAAAAAUAAAAGAAAAGAAACCGGGAAUGAAGUGAAAACACAGGCAGCAAGAGAAGCCCCUGUGUCUUCCCUUCGUCUUAAGUAUGUAUACAAGUCAUCUGGAGUGAAAGACAUGGCAAACACAGCAAAGCCAGCAAGUUUGAUCGAAUCCUUAACAAAUUCGGAGGCUGCCUCGAAUACUGAGUUGCCUAAAGAAUCACAAGAGCUAAAGGUGAGACAUAAAUGGUGCUCUGUACUGGAUAAUACACGUCAAAUUGAAACGUUAAUAAACCCUGCCUUGAUGAGGCGAGCUGUUUCCUCGCAGUUGGUGUCCAUCGAGAGAAGCCUGUCAGAAGCCAUCAUGAAGAGAAAGGAAUCAAAUAGAAGAACUCAGCCUAGGAAAGUUUUGAAGGUGGUCAAGGUUAAAGAAGAAGAAAAGCCAAGAUCGAGUGCAGAUCAACAGAAAUUAUUACACAACAAGGCUCAAAAGCUUACUGAAGCUAAGAUGUAUAUAAGAGUUGCAUCUGUUUCUUGGAAACAGAUAGGGUUUUGGCCGAGUGUGCAGUAUGACUCCAUAACUCUAAUCUUUGCUGUGGACAGUAAGUUGCAUUUAAACCUGUUCUUUUUCUUUUCAAACGUACAAAUUAAUGGGUCUGGUUUUGGUAUUGAGGUAAAACAAGCGCUCAGUGAUGGACAGUACAGAGUAUUCUCCCAUGUUUUGAGCAAAUACAAACAGAGCCUCGACUUGGACUCCUUGAUUGAAGGACUCACGCCGCUGUUCACCGCAAAUGAAACACACUAUCCGCUUAUGCACGGUUUUUCAAGUUUUAUCCGGGAUCCAGUGGACAAGGUGCGAUUCUUUGAAGCGUAUUGCGACAUCACAGGCUCAGAUGUGCCUUCACAUUUUACUGCUGGUCUUAACGUUAAAAAGGAAGACGAUUCGCGACCAGUAAACGAUCAUUGUAGAGUUGGUGAAAAGAGGAAACCAGAGGAAAAUAAUCAGGCACUUGCCAAUGAGCAAAACAGAAAAAUAACGAAAGUACAGAGCAGUUCAGACAAGGUUUUCAAACCUGAAUAUGCUUCAAGUGUGUCUGGGACCAGCUCAAGUCUUCUUGACUUCACUAAACAUCUAAAUGGAGGAGGCUUGUUGUAAAUCUAAUUUCGACUAGUUCCUUAUUGAAUGUGAAGUAUCUUUUGUGAAUUGUGCAAAACUAGAUUACUGAAAUUAUGAAAUAAUAGCCAUAAAUAUUUUGUUAAAUUUUCCAACUCGGAAAAAAAUGUUUUCAUAAAGAAAAUUCAUAUGUAAUCUUUGGUUCUUUCUAUUUGUGUUUCUCGGCGUUCUUGCGUGAAUUCAUUAACUGAUUCGAUUAACAAAUCUUAAUUAGUUUAAUUGGAUUAUAGGACAUUUCUCUUAUCCACAUCAUGGAUGGAACCUCUAACUGUGCGUUUUGACACAAAUUAAUAGUUGUUAGAGUGGCAGCUGCUUAACGCUUUUCUUCGGUUAAAGCUCAAUACUUCAAUUCUCAAAACUGAUCCCCAUAACUUCGCUUUCACUUCGGUGGUGGGAAUUUACUUAUUAAGUGGAGACAUUACCUUCAUAAUUCCCUUAUUUAUGGUUUCCUUUGGUUCUCAUCACCUUUUCGUUUGACAGAAGGGAAGGGUUGGACAGAAUGGAUGAAUUCCAAUGUGAAAAAUUGAAGAGAUGUUCUGAAAGUUUGACGACACAUGAAAGUUUAAGAAGUUUAUAUCAAUUUGUUUUCCUGAGGGUUACACCUACGUGCAGCGAUUCGACUGAUGUGUUACAAAUCAGAUAAUUGUUUGGGCGCAGUAAAGGUAACGCUAGAAGACUUAAGGUGCGCGCAAUUUGUCGAUUUGUCUCCACCCUUAUCUAUUCACUCAUUUCAUUCUAGAGAAAUACGAAUUAAAAUUAACGUGGUUUUCGUCAUGGUCAGAUAUGGUACUUUCCAAAUAUUACUUAAAAUGGAUUUAACGCCGAAUAUGCAUCUUCAAGAGGCAAACAUAGCGAUUGGCGUUUAGCUUACCAUUAUUAGACUAUUUUAAGCAAGAGGUCUGAUACCUUCAAUUUAACAGUGAUGAAGUAUCAUAACCAUUAUCAAACGGAUAUGAACACAGUAGCUCUCCUGAAGGCGACAGGAGGGAGCCCAGCGUGGCUGAGUUUCAAUUGCGGAGUUUAUAGGAUUAUCCUUUCUCUCACGUCUGUUCUUCACCCGGCCCCCGGUCGCAGGCGACUCACACACAAACGAUUUUCUGCACGAAACCAAUUUCGGUUAUUCUGCAUUUGAGCGUCACCUUUAGUGCCACGAUCCGCAAACUUUGGAUUUCGUUUUCAAAGGAAAUUUAGCAAAUUCUCGCCUCGAUUAGCCUUCAAAGCUAUUUCGUGACCGAGUUUCACCACAAUGGCUGAAAUGAAAUCUGUCAUUUUUGUAGGUUUAAUUACAGUACUUACGGAAGCUUUCAUCACAGUUACUUGACACCACUUUAACAUCUCUACUUUUUUAUGCUUGCUUCAAAAACAAUCAAUUCUUUUUUAAAAGAGUAUUUUCGUCUCUGUGCGGUUCCGGUCGGUCGCGUGUUUCGAAAUUUUCACUGUUAUUUUGUCUGAUGUAUGUACAAAAGUGGAGAGUUCUGAAAAAAAAAAUAUAUAUAUAUAUAUGUAAAUCAGUUUGAAUUAUUACUAAACGAUGCCAUCUCUAUUUAUUUCAUGACAAUGGGGAAGAAAUGAAAAAUGUGUCUUCAUUUUAUGCACUUUUUUAUCACUCAGUCUCUUUAAAAUUUUCACACGAUUAAAAAAAAACAUUCUUUGAAAUAAAAUUAAUAUAAGCGUCCAUAACAAAUUCGAUUUGUCAGAAAUUACUGAAAAAGGUUUAACUUUUGUUUUAUAUCACAAUAACGGAUAAGUCAAAGUAUAUUUAAAGUUGAGUUAAAUAAUUUCUUAGUUGAUUAUUUGUGUGAUUUCUUAGAAAAGCAUUUUAAAAAUAAGAUUUCCACCGAUUGGAACUAUAGGUUUUAUCGUACUUUUUUUUAACUAUCUCUUAUUUUUCUGUUAUCAGUACUAAUUGAGUACGAAAAAGCAUUUGCUAAACGUUGUGAUUGGUGAAACACCUGCUGCGUAGAACAUGAGGUAAUAGAUAAAAUUUACAAGAAGGGAACUUAUUACGGCAUCUGAUGAAAUUCGUGAUGGAAUUUCCACGAGGUUUAGGGUAACACCAAAACCAAGCAGUAGGUAUGACCUGGGAAGGUAUUCGUGGGCCUACUUCCUUACAUCUGUUGAUCGACUUAACCACAAGGUAAACUAUAUUUAACAGUUCGCUAUUGUAGUUUAGUUGACUAACGUUGAAUAAUAAAGCAUUAGUUUGUUUGUUUUUA